GUCUCACAGAGGUCUAACAGGUCCUGACGGGUCUUGUGCUUUCUAAACAGACAUGAGCAGUGAGAGGAGACAUCUGCUGGACAAAGCUCAUCCUGAAAUCCUGGCUUUCUGCCGCAGGCUGGGGCUGGUUUAUGAGGUGGUGGAUCUACGCUGGGGGAUCAGAAACGUCCUGUCUGGAGACCACAAGGCUCGUGAGAUCUUCCUGAAGGAAAUUCAGACGUGUAGGAGACUGUCAGCGGGUCCAGUUUUUGUUGGCCUUCUGGGGAACCGGUACGGUCAUCGAGAUCUUCCCCAUCUCAUCCCAGAAAAACAGUUUGAGGUUCUUCUAUCCAGACUCUCCAACAACCCUGAAGGUAUAGAGCAGCUGUGCAAGUGGUAUCAAAAGGAUGACAAUGCUGUCCCACCCAGUUUUGUCCUUCAGCCAGUCACAGCCCAAUAUCCCUACUACUGUGACCUUCGACCUGAGCACAGUCAGCUUCAUGACAACAGCGUUCUCUCCUGGUGCUUCACGGAGAGACGGCUUUUACAGCUCCUCCGCACAGCGGCUGCCUCAGCAUCGGCAGCCGGAGACAUCACGCCUGAGCAGAAACAAGCCUUCUACACAUCAGUCACAGAGAAGGAGUUCGAGCAUGGUUUGUGGACGGACAACGGUGAACUGUCCUCUUUGCUCUUCAUCCGGGAAAUUCCUCGACAGAGGAUAAAAGACGGACCCAAACGUCUUGCCAGGUUCAUGGAUGUGACAAUUGAUGGACUACAAGAUGCUGAAGCUCAGGACCUCCUCACCAAGCUGAAGUCACGGCUCUAUGCCACAUCACAUGAUAUCCUCAGUCUGCACCGUGUGGAGCUCCGAAAGGGAAGCAUCGACCCAAAGUGCAGAGAACACAUUCAGUACCUGGACAGCAUCUGUCAGCAGUUUGUCUCACAAAUGAAGGUCCGAAUUGAAGCAGCAGUCUGUCAUUCAGAGACAGGGAGGCGAAGAAAGAUCUGGGGAAGCAUGGAGCAAGAAGAAGACUUGUCAGACUGGGUGGUUGAAGAAGCAUGGCAGCACACCAAUAUGGGUGCUGAACUGAGUAAAGGUGUCUAUGGCAGAGAGGGGCUUCUGGGUAAGAUCUGCCUCGCCAUGUGGGAGUCCACAGCCACUCGUCAUGAGCCAGUGGUGGUCCACGGGGCCGCCGGCAUGGGGAAGACUUCUCUGCUGUGUAAAGUGGUGCAGGAGAUACAGGAUGUCCUGGAGUCCAAGGCUGUGCUGGUAAUCAGGUUUCUGGAUGCUCAGCAUCCUCAGAGACCUGACAUUGAUCAUGUCCUUCGCAGCAUUUGCUUGCAGGUUUGUCUGGCAUGUGGUCUGUCUCCACCCCCUCUGCUGACAGCUGGCACCCACCUGGAGCUUCUGUUGUUCUUCAGGAACAUGCUAGAGGAUGUGUCUCAGCGGGGAGACACUCUGCUUAUUGUCUUGGACUCUCUGGAGCAGCUUGCGGACAAACAUCAUGCACACAAACUACUUUGGCUUCCUGCUGAUGUCCCACCAAAUGUCCACCUGCUGGUCUCCAUGGACACCACCAGUGAGGCAUUCGCAAACAUGAGGCUGAAGCUUGACACAGUGCAGAGUUUUUUUGAGGUUAACUGUUUGUCUCAAGAAGAAGGUGAGCACAUCAUAGAGUCGUACCUUCGAGCCUGUCAGAGAACAUUAACUCAGGAGCAGAAGGACGCUGUGCUGCAGAGCUUCGAGGAGACCAGAUGUCCCCUCCACCUGAGGCUAAUCCUGUGUGCAGCCAAAUGCUGGACCUCCUUCAUUCCACGCACAGCGCUGUCGCUGGGUGCCAGCAUGGAGGAAGUCAUGUCACAGCGUCUGCAGAAUCUGGAGGAAAAACACGGGAAGGAGCUGGUGGGUGGGGCCUUAGGAUACAUUGUUUUGGCAAGAGGAGGACUGCUGGAGGUGGAGCUGCGUGACGUAAUGUCCCUGGAUGAUGAUAUCAUCAGUGAGGUGUACAAAUACUCCCUUCCUCCGACUCCUUCGUUGAUCCGACUGCCCCCCCUCUUGUGGUCCAGUCUCAGAUGGAACCUUGAAGACCAAUUGGAGGAACGCUGGAUUGAUGGAAUUGCUGCUAUUGCCUUCAGAAGCCGGCGGGUUUCUGAGGUGGUUGCAGCCCGCUACCUGACACCUGCACGACGGGGGCAGAGGCACAGGAUCCUGGCAGAGUACUUUCUGGGUCGGUGGGCGGGGAAACUGAAGCCAGCUGCUCUGCCUGGUCUGGCACUGGUGCUGUCGGACAGAAAGGUUCCGCCCCAGCCACUGUGGUUUGCCUUGGGAAUAGCUAAUGUCCGAAAACUCCAGGAGUUGUCCUAUCACCUCCUCCAUGCUGGCUUGUGGAAGGAGUUACGACAGGAAGUUAUUGGUGAGACAAACAGAACAUGUGAGUGGAUUGGUCCUGAAGUGGAGGCGGAGCUUUUAGGGAGGUCCAGUGGACCCAGCCUCUGUUGUUCUGUGUUCACAGGCAGCGCUGAGUGGCUGUUCACCAAGAGCCGGGUCUGUGGGAUAUCCUGUGUGAUCUCUGACCUGGACCACUGCUGCCAGUACAUGGACUGCUCUGAAACUGGGCUCAUCCGUGAUGCCCUGGUUCUGAUGAAGCCCAGCAUGGACUUUCUUCGUGGCCAAAUGGACAGGUCUCAAUUCUACUCUGAGCUGCUGGCCCGACUGGACCACCUGUCCUCCACCUGCCCAUCUCUGAUUGGCCAGCUGUGCAGUCAGUGUAACACCUGGCUCCAGGCGUGUCCAGAACCAGUUCUGAUUCCAAAGAGUAGCUUCCUGCAGCAGCCAGGGGGCGCCCUGCAGCACACUCUGAGCGGCCCACACGGAGGUGUGGUCUGCAUGGACAUCAGCGCCGCAGCCCAGGUGCUGGUCUCGGGUUCUGAUGAUGGCGUGGUGGCGGUCUGGAGCCUUGUGGACAAACAGCUGGUCCACAUCCUAGUGGGACACACAGCUGCCAUUUUCAGUGUGAAGGUCUCUGGAAGCUCCGCCCACUGUGUCUCAGUAGCUGCUGAUGGCUCUCUGAGGAGAUGGAGCCUAAAGAGUGGCCAGCAGCUGCUCUGCAUCCAGGAGGCAGUCCUGUUAGACUCCGCCCCUCCAUCAGUCCAUCUGCAGGUGUCGGAGCAGCUGAUGUUUGUUUACACCCAGACACAGGUGAAGGUCUGGAGGUCCGACGGGGCUGAGAUCCACCUGGACAGCAGGGAGGAGACCUGGAUGGUUCUGGGGGUUCUGGGAGAUUCUGUGGUGUUCCAGUGCAACGACGUGCAGAUCAGAAUUUGGGAUCCAGAAUACAGAAGCGAGACGUUGGUGGCGGAUGUGGAACGACCAGCGAUGCGUCUCACUCCGGUGAACAGCGUGGCUUUAGCCAAACAUGGACGUGUGCUGGUGGUGUCUGAGGAAGGCUUCCUCCAUCAGAUCUCCAUCACGGGCCAUCAGAGAGCUUCAGAGUUCCUCCUGCGACCAUCUUUCCUGUCCGUCUCUGAGGAUGAAAGACUUCUGCUUGCAGGCUGUGAGCAGACACUGACCAUCUUCAGCGUGGACAGCGGCUCUGUGGACAGGAUCCUGGACCUGCAGCACGAGGACAGCGUGCUGUCCGCCUGCGCCUCUUCAGACAGCAGACAGCUGGUCUCUGGAGCUGCAGACCAGCUCAUUCGGAUCUGGUCUGUGACCACCGGAGCGCUGCUGGACUGUCUGCGUGGCGCCGACGUCGCCGUCACGUCUGUUCUUUGCUACGACGAUUCUGUCAUUUCAGCAUCAACAGCAGCAACUUCCAUCAAGAUCUGGAGUCUGACGUACGACACCCGCCACAAACCCCCCGCCCACAUCCCAGCAGGCUCCGCCCACGUCGCCAUCACCAGAGAGGGUGAUCAGGUUUUCUACGCCCACCGUCAGAGCCAGAGGGAGGUCUUCAGCUGGAACUGUCACACAGGUCAGAACCCCCGGUCCAGGUCAGACUUUCUGCUAAUCCUUCAGAGUAAAGACGAUCCUCCUGACCUUCUGAAGGCUUUGAGGAGGUCUCUGUCGGACCAUUUCCCAGUCUCUGCUGAAGUUUCCUGUCUGGAGUUGGCGCAGCAGAAACGUUUGCUGGUCUGUGGUUUGAUGAGCGGUACCGUCCUAAUCUACCCUGUUCGUCUGCCCCAGGAGACACUCUGCAUCCCGCCCCCAGAGACCCCAACCCAGGUGCUCUGCCUGGCCAUCAGCUCUCAGGAGAACCACAUGGCAGUGGCCUAUGAGGACUUUGUGUCGCUGUUUGAGAUCACCAGCAGAGACAGCUUCCCCACGGUGGAAGGCCCCCUGGGAAGGAUCUCACUGUCCCUGCUCCACGCUCCCCUGUCCUCCAUGGCCCUGCUGCCAGACUGCAGGAUCCUGUAUGGGACCAGAUGUGGUGAGGUGAAGCUGGCAGACUUUGGUGGCGGUGCUGGCUUCGACCUGCAGCCUCAUUGCAGCCGAGUCACUUGUGUGACUGUCAGUACCGGGGGAACACACGCCCUGGUGGGGUCCCAGGACGCGGUGCAGAGACUCUGGGCCUUGGACCCGCUGGUCUUGGACCACACUGUGGAGUGCAAGGGUUUGUUCUCCGAGGAUAUCCUCUGUGCUUGCUUCUCUGACAGCAACCGCUUCGUUUUCACCGGAUCUCAGGACCGGACCAUCAAAGUCUGGGACGUAGCCUCAGGAAAGCUGCUGCUGGUUCAGUACGUCUACUCUCCUGUGGUCCGCAUGGUUUCAACCAGAAACGGGUUUGUGGCCUUAGCCAAGCAGGGUUCUGUCAUCAGAGAGGAGUUUCGCUGUCCAGAGCACAUAAGUCCAGAACACAACCCUCUGAGGAGCGUCAAGGCCCAGUACCGGGUCACGUCCAGGGAGAAGGACCAGGAACAGCAGCAAACCUGUGUAUCCGACCUGCAGGACUUCAACCCGGCCCAGCUGGACCUGAAGAGCAUGUUCAGGACCAAAGCCUCACCCACAUGUGUUCUCCUGUAGUUGAAGCGUGGUGUUGAAGAAGGCCGUGAAAGGUUAAACAGCGUUUACAGCCUGCUUCAUCAGUGUGCCACUGGUUAACUGUCUGGUCUCCAAACCAGACCACACACUGCUCCUGACCUUGCCCCCGGGAGGUCGAAGCCAUAACAACCUCUCCUGCAAACCACAAGGUCUCCUCACAAGAUGUGACUCUUUAUACUUUUAUUUGGUCUCAUGAAGGAUUUCCUAACUUUACCAGUUAUUUACAAUCAUGGUUUGUUUGAUCUAAAGUGAUUUAAUAA